AUGAUCGACGCAUCGACGAAUCUGACACGAGAAACAAAUGCCGAGAGAUGCAAGAACAUCUUGCUCGAGAUCUGUGUAAUUGGCAUAUAUAUGCAGCAUGCAGCAGUUCCUGUAGAUUUUCAAACAUUAAGAUUGGUCGAACAAUACGCCGUUUUGUUAUUGAUACUAGCAGUUAUAGCAUUGUAUAAGAUGGUCAUGAAACCUAAGGGUAAUAAGACCAAUAAUGGAGGGUACCAUAGAAAGACAAACAGUGGAAGUCUCUCGAAAACAGUGUUUGGGAAACAUGCGCUGAGAAGCGAGAAGGCCAAGUUCCGGGUGGCUUUGAUACUGUCAUUUCUGCUAUUCUCUCUAUAUGGGCUGUUCUCCUUGUUGCUUACAGGUGAUAAUUCUAUGGGCAAAUCGAGUAAUCCAUUAGUAGGUGGGAGAGCGAAACGUGAUACUCUGGGUCUAUACACGAACGAGAUUCAAAGUGCAUCACCUUUGAUUUUCCCUCACGUUGAGCAUGCAUCAAUUCUGAAAGAGAUGGGGAUCCCUGGGCUGUAUAUUCUAAGACGAGAUGCUGAUGGGUCAAGCAAAUUUAUCUUUAAAAGAGAGGAUAAGCCCUUAUCAGAUGAAGAGAUCAAGAGAACCAAAGAUCAAGUGUUGUUAGUCAAGAGAUCAUUUUUGGACCAUGGUAAGAUGAUCUAUAAGAAGUCUCAAACUUAUCCUGAGACUGUUGUCGUUACUUUGAUUGAUUUCGAUAGAUAUGACUCAAAUUCGUUAGUUAAAAUUGUUCAAAAUAGAGUCGAUUAUGCUCAGAAACAUAACUAUGGUGUUUACGUUCGUUGGUAUCAAGAAUUUGUCCCAUUAUUGAAUAACCAGAAACUAUCUGAAUCUAGAGAUCAAGUGGUUGCCAUGAUGAUGAGAGCAGCUAUGCAUGCCUUCCCAUAUGCUAAAAAAUUUAUGUUUGUUAAUGAGGAGUCUAUGAUCAUGAACCUUGAUGAAAGCAUUGAAUCACAUCUCUUGAACCCUGAUAAAUUAUCCAAAGCGAUAAUGAGAGAUGAACACAAUACCAACAUGAGUCCUAAUGAAAUUUUUGACAACUCUGAUAUGAUAUUUAUGAAGAACGGUGCCGGCCAAUUAGUAUUAACCAACUUCAUUAUGAAAAACACAGAUCUCACAAAAUCAUACCUUGACUACAUGAUGGAUCCAUUAAUUAGAGACUAUCGUUGGGAAAGAAUGCAUCAUGCAUAUUUGCGAAUGAUUAUUGUCCAUUCCAAAUUCACAGAUAAGACUCAAUUCAUCUCGCCAAAGGAAUUUGCACCAACUUACGAAGCUCAAGUUGACUCUUCAAAACCCGUCGAAAACGUGGCCUAUUUCACCCAAGGUGAUUUCAUCGCUGACUACAGUGAUUGUGUCUUGUUUAACUCAUGCCCUGUCACUAUCGACGAGAUGUAUUUGAGAUCCCAACUAUAG